CAGCCAGCCUCAAAGUCUGCCAACGCCCUUUCCCCUUCCUCGCCUCCCCGUCCCACUCCUACGAAGCGGCGGCGGCAGCAGCAGCAGCAGCACCCCUGCACCCAGCGCCAUCAGCAAUGCCAACAGGGCCUGAGUGCUCAGUCUCAGCCCGCCCCACACCCUGCCUCGCUCAUCGUUACGUCUUUGGCAAGUUUGGCCAGGCCUCGGUCAGCAGCAGCAGCAGCAGCAGCAAUAGCCUCCGCCACCGCUGUUGAAGCACCAAGGGGGGAAGGGGGGCAGCCUCGUCGCGUUCCUCAUCACCUCGCUGCCACCCUGGGAACUCAAGUGCAGCUCACCUCCAUCCGCCCAGGGGUAGUGCUCACUAGUGAGGGGGCACCACUGAAUCACCACGCUGCCAACAGCCACCUCUCAGGCAUGGCUCCCAUUCGGGACUCGGUCAGCCACUCCCCUAACCAAACAGGUUUGGAUCACACCGGUCUGGAUUCUCAGUAUGAAAAUUCUCCCUGGAGUUCUGGCAGCGACUCAAACAGCAAUUGGGGCAAAGUCAUUGUAGACAGUUGUGACAAGGGACCGUGGCCCUCCAUCACUGGCAGUGACCCAGAGUUAGCCUCAGAAUGUAUGGAUGCUGACUCUGCCUCAAGCUCGGGGUCAGAAAAAAACCUUAGUAUAAUGGCUUCUGGGAACACUGGCGGCGACAGCAACGGCAAUAGACAAGGCAGCAACGGUCAGAGCUCCCCAUUUAUGGUUGCAAAUGGCAGCAAUAAUGUUGGAAAUGGGAGUGUCAAGGGGCCUUGGGGCGUUUCCAAUGGUCCGAUGCUAAGCACAUGCCAAGGCUCAGGAGAGAACCCUGGUGGCAAAAUGGCUGAAAGCGGCCAUGGCAAAUUAAAUGCAUGGGGUACCCAAGGUCCCUCAACCAAUGGAGGUAUAAAUCCAAGCACUUUGAACCCAAAUGCCAACCAUGGUGCCUGGCCUGUUCUGCAGAACACUGGGCCUAACUCCCUUGGGAAUGGUGGCACCAACACUCAACGAAGCACCGUAGGUCAAAUGCCCAGCCUUCAGAGUAGUAUUAACUCUAAGAUGGCCUGGGGAACCCUGCAGGACAGCAUGGCCGAGUCCGACGUCAGCGGUACAAACAAGCUUCCAAGUGGGCAGCCUCAAAACCUUAACACUGAAAUGAAUGGACCAAAUAACACUACUAACACGUUGACCUCUAGUUUACCAAACUCUACAGGUUCAGUGCAGAUGAGCGAGCAGUCCGCAGGGCACAGAGCCUGGCCUGUGAGCUCAGGGGGCUCCCCUCAGCUACCCAUCCCCUCUCCGCUCUCCAACGGCACUUCCAUUUCUCAGCAGCAGCAGCAUGGCAACAGCAGUGAGGGAACGAAUGGCGGGUCGUACGGUACAGCAUGGGGAGCUCCGACCGGCACUACUUACUCUGGAGACAAAUGCCCCACACCCAAAGGCCCAGCCGCGGGCGACACUGUGAACGCAACUCUAAUGCAGUCAGGGCCCAAUGGCUCGGCCUCUGCUAACACCAAUGCUCCUUUCAAGAAUAAUAUCGGUGGUGGCGGCAGCAGCAGCAAUGGGGUAGCCAGCCACGGAGGAGGCUGGGAUUCGGCCCCCACGGCCCCGCAAGAUCGCUCCCCCUGGCCUACAGGCAACGGCAACGGCAUGGGCCCCGCCAGCAUCCCCCGGCCCUGGGGCAGCGUUUCCUCGUCCUCAUCCUCUUCCUCCUCCUCCUCUUCUUCAAACACUGGCACUAAGGUCUCCAACGGGGAGUGGAACCCACUACCCGGCAACAAUCAGCAUUCCAAUGACGGCACAAACGGGAGCAGGAAGGGAACAAAUGGCUGGAAGUCCCUGGAGGUUGACGCCCUGGGGCUGGGGGGCAGUGGCGGCAGCAGUGGCCAGGCCUCUCAGGGCAGCACAUGGAACAAGUCCACAGGUAGCGAGGGCAGCGGGGAUAGCUCCAGUGGCCGUGGCGAGAGAGAUGGACAGUCGCGAAGUGGCGCGGGCCGCAGCAGGAGGGGUACCCCGCCAGGGCCCACCGCGCCGGGAGUGUCCCGGGCGGACGUGGACCCCCGCGUCAUUUCCAACACUGGCUGGGGGCAGACGCCAGUCCGCCAGAACACAACUUGGGAUGUCUCCAGCAUCGAGAAGAAGCCGGCCACUGACACAUCCGGCUGGGGCACCGCUCCCGCACAGCCGGCCAGCACCGGUGGUGGAUGGGGAGAUGGACCGGGCGGAGGCAACAACAACAACAACACCACCAACACCAACACCAGCGAUGGAUCCUCGAUGUCAGGGUGGGGCGACCCAAAGCCCUCUUCUGGAUGGGGCGAUGCCAAAGGCCCAACUGCACAGGCCGGAGGCUCCGGAGGCUGGGAGGAUGGCAUGAACAAGCGCAAUAGCCCGUGGGGUGGCAGCAAGGACAAGCCCUCUUCCUCAUCAACCUGGAGCAGCGCCCCUAAGACCAAACAGGGCUGGGGUGCCCCCUCUGGUGGAGAAGGCUGGGGUGGUGAAUCAUCACGUGGCGAAUCAUCGCGUGGAAACCAUUGGAGUGAACCCCAGAAAUCCACCUCUGGAGGCUGGGACAGGGAGAGGGACAGGGAGAGGGACAGGGAGAGGGACAACGACAGUGACCGCUCUGGCUCGACCUGGAAUGACCCGGGCCGCUGCAACACCAGCAACACCUGGGGUGGAAGCGGAGAAGCCAACACCCCCCAACAGAAUGGCCCGGCCAGCGGCUGGGGAGAACCCCAGAAACCCAGCCAUCAAAACCAGGGCUGGGGAGAACCCCAGAAACCCAGCCACAGCGCCCCGGGCUGGGGCGAGCCAGUCAAACCCAACAACCCCUCAGAAUGGGGUAAGCCACAGGAUGCCAACAGCGGCUCUUUCAGGGGCGCCCCCAAUCCCCAGCCUGGUGGCCCAGGUUCAAACAAGGCCCCUGGUUGGCAGGGAGGCCCAAUUCCUCAAAAGGAGGAGGAUUCCACUGGCUGGGAGGAGCCGUCCCCCGAGUCCAUCAGGCGCAGGAUGGAGAUUGACGACGGCACCUCAGCGUGGGGAGACCCCAAGAAAUAUAAGUGUGGCAACGUGAACAUGUGGAAUAAGAACAGCGGAGCAGAUCAGGCCAUGGAGGGACCCCCGCCACCGCAGCCCCAGCCACCUCAGGGCCCAACCAACAUGGCCCCCAACAUGGCCCCCAACAUGGCCCCCAACAUGGCCCCCAACAUGGCUCCCAACAUGGCUCCCAACAUGGCUCCCAACAUGGCCCCCAACAUGGCCCCCAACAUGGCCCCCAACAUGGCCCCAAAGGAGAAGACCUGCAGCUCAGGAUGGGGAGAGACGUACAGCGCCCCGCAGAAGAUGGAGACGUCCACUUGGGGUGAGCCGGCGGGACCCCCAGUUUCUGUGGACAAUGGCACCUCGGCCUGGGGCAAACCCAUGGACACCAGCGGAUCCACCUGGGAGAACCCUGGUGGUCACCAAGAGAGCUCCGGAACCGGUGGCUGGGGGAACUCCUCCAUGGGCCAGCAGCCAACACACAAGACUGGACCCAAACCUAUGCAAGACAACUGGUGUGGAGAAGAGAUGCCCAUGCCUGGCAACUGCCACUCUAACUGGGAGGAAGAGGAGGAGGUGGAGAUCGGUAUGUGGAACAACAACACCUCCUCACAGGAGGCCAAUCAAUCUGGAAACUGGUCCUACAUGAAGAAGAUGCCUCCAAAGAUGAAUAAACCAGUCAGUAAGCAAGAAGAUCCAUGGAUGAAUCAGUUUGUGAAGCAAUUCAACAAUAUGAAUUACUCUAGAGAACCUGAGGAAUCUCUCAAGAGCAAUAAGAUGGAAAUGUCUAGUGGAAUGAUGUCUGACAAGAGAAUGGACGUAGACAAGCAUGGUCUCAACAUGGGCGACUAUGGCAAGAAUGCAGCCUCUCGCCACCAGAUCCACAAAGACUCCAUGGACCGCAGUAACUACUUCGAUAAGCAGAACUCGCUUUCCAUGUCCUCUUAUGAUGCCUCUGGGUCAGAAGAGCCCCCAAACGAUCCCAAUCAGAACCACAAUUAUUCCUCGCCAAACGGCCAGAUUAACCCUGGUUCUGGUAGGCAGAAUGUAAACCCCAUGUAUGGUGGUAGCAAUGCAGCAGCACAAGGCCGGAACCCACAGCAGCCUUCAGCACAACCUCUGAACUCUGCGCAGCCCAAUCACCGUACUCAAGUGCCUCCACCUCUACUGCCCUCUCAGGUCCCUCCAUCAUUGAAGUACCCUCCCAAUAAUGGAAGUCUGAAUCCCUUGUUCAACCCUCAGCAGGUUGCCAUGCUUAACCAGUUGUCCCAGCUGUCUCAACUCUCCCAGAUCAACCAGUUGCAGCGCCUCCUUCUCCAGCAGCAGCAGCAGCAGCAGCAGCAGAAGAUGAAUCCCAGGCAAAUGCCCGUCGGUGGCCGUCAACAGGAGCAGCAGGGUCGUCCCCUGGGUCCCUCACAGCAGAUGAUCCAGCCGCCGCGCCACCUGGACCCCUCCAUGCUGAAGCAGCAGACCUCUCCUCAGCCUCCUUCCCUGCACCAGCCAGGCCUCAAGUCCUACCUGGACAGCCUCAUUUCCCAAAACGCGGUUGACAUGCAGAAAGAGCAGGCCAUGAACCAGUUCACUAAUUUCCCUUUAAGUGGGUGUCCUCCCCAUCCCCAUUCCCGUCCCACCCUAAGCCAGGCUGAGUUGAUGCACCAACAAGCUGCCAAGCCCAACAUGAUGCCCAACAUGUAUGCCUCUGAGAUGGCAGGCUGUGCCCCCACUGGCAACAGCCACGCCCAUAACCUCCUCAGCCCCGCCAUGAGCAACGGGCACGUGGGGCCAGGCUCGCCCCUCCCAUCCCGGUCUGCGAGGUCCUUCGCCUGUCCCGAAAACAACAGAGGUUUGACUUCGAAUGUAAGCAAUCUAGACAUCGGUAGUGUUGGUUACAAGGAGCCCCAGUCCCGUCUGAAGAAGUGGACCAUGGACAUUUCCAACUCGCCACUUGAUCAAAACCCCAGCAAACCUGGUGCUAUGUCCUCUGUACUGAGGCUGGAGGACUCCCCCUUUGGUCCGUAUGACUUCAUGAACGCCGGCAGCUCCCCCCUGAGUCCUCCGGGGUCCGUGGGGGACGGCUGGCCCAACCGUGCCAAAUCACCUCAUAGUUCCAGCAACGUCAACUGGCCACCAGAAUUCCGCCCUGGUGAGCCCUGGAAAGGAUAUCCAAACAUUGACCCUGAAACUGACCCCUUCGUCACUCCUGGCAGUGUGAUCAAUAAUCUCUCCAUUAAUACAGUGCGGGAUGUUGAUCACCUCAGGGACAGGAACAAUGGGCCAUCCUCAUCACUUAACACCACGCUGCCUUCAAAUAGUGCCUGGUCAUCCAUUCGUGCCUCCAACCACAGUGGUUCCCUCAGCAGUACAGCACAAAGCACUUCAGCCAGAAACAGUGACUCCAAAUGGUCCCCUGGUACGGUCACCAACACCUCUCUGGCUCAUGAGCUGUGGAAGGUUCCUCUCCCCCAUAAAGGCCUCUCUGCUCCGUCCCGCCCUCCCCCCGGCCUCACCGGCCAGAAGCCGCCGCCCUCGUCCUGGGACAACGGUCCCCUUCGGCUGGCGGGCUGGUCUGGUUCUGAAUCCAGAUUCACUCCUGGUUCCAGUUGGGGUGAUAGCAGCUCAGGGAGAACUAAUUGGCUCGUUCUCAAAAAUCUUACACCUCAGAUCGACGGAUCCACCCUGCGCACUCUGUGCAUGCAGCACGGCCCACUGAUUACAUUCCACCUGAACCUGCCCCAUGGCAACGCUGUGGUCUGCUACAGCUCCAAGGAGGAGGCAGCCAAAGCUCAGAAGUCUCUGCACAUGUGCGUUUUAGGGAACACUACUAUUCUCGCCGAGUUUGCUAGCGAAGAGGAAAUCAACCGUUUCUUUGCACAAGGUCAGUCCAUGACUGCCUCUUCCGGCUGGCAGACGUCGAUGGGCUCGUCCCAGAGCCGCUUGGGCCCCAGCUCCGUGGAGAGCUCGGCCCAUCCUUUCCCACCCACCCGCACUGAUCCAAAUCACUGGAACGGCAGUGGCCUGGCGGGGACUGGCGGCGGAGACCUCCACGCCUCCUCACUGUGGGGGGGCCCCAACUAUUCCACUAGCCUGUGGGGCAGCCCCAGCGAUGGGGCCCGAAUCAGCAGCCCCUCCCCCAUCAGCUCCUUCCUUCCUGUUGAUCACCUCUCAGGAAGUGGGGAGGCCAUGUAGUAGUACGUUUCACCUUAUGACUUAGAGAGAGUUAAAAAAAAAAAAAAACAAGACAAAAAAAAAAAGCAUACAAACAACCUAAAUGAAUAAAUAACCGUGACCUCAGAGUUGGAGUAGUAAAAAGAAAAAUCAUUAUCAUAUGAUCAACAGACGGGGGAAAAAAAAGAGAAAAAAAUCAAACGGCACUAGUUGGAGAAGACUUCACUUACAAAAAAAAUAUAUGGCGGGGUCGCCCUGUGGAAAUAAGUUACGUUUUUUUCUUCUCUGCACAUAUGUCCACUUUGUUUUAGCCCAAAACAUAUCAGUUUGAAUACUUGAAUCAUGCAGGCCAAUACUAUAAUGUGAAAGGAUGUAUUUACACUUCCAGGUAGUGCUCUUCAUACAGAAAAAAAGCUUCAAUUGAGCUCGUGUUUUAUUCAUCAUGUUUAUUUGAAUUCCAAUUCUUUUUAUUUUUAUUAUUUGCAUUUGUUUGCUGACAAUGUUGGAGUAUGAGCUUUUUUUUAAACUUUGCACUGAAUGUGGUUUUUCUCCGUAUAAUCUGCAAUAUCGAGGGAGCCGGCAGAUCCAGUGUAGUUGUUUACUCAAGGAUGUUCUUAAAGUGUGCGCUCUACUAUGCCUUGAUGUACGCCUACCUUAUUGUGGUAUUGUGGAGUUCAAGAUCAAGAUAUAAAUGCUGACUUAGGAUUAUUUGAUGAUAUUACAGAAUUAAGUAUUGCACCAAUUUUGUGUUUUAAAACUAAAGAAUUUAGCUCUGCAGUGUGUAAAAACUGUAGCCACAGCUGUGACUUGCAAACCCGACCUGCAAGCCAGGGGGAACAGCACUUUCAAAUAGGCUUUCAAUUUUGUUUUGGAGGUGCCACAUUGCGCCCUCUUGUUUACAGACUUUUGAGGGGGAAAGUAUGCUCAUUCUUCCUUCAUUUUAAAAUAAUAAAAAAAAAAAUCAAAGAAAAAAAUGCCUAAAAAUUUUAAAAAACUUGGAAAAAAAAUACAAAAUAAAAAAAACAAUUAAAAAAAAUUGAACUAAAAAUUAUAUCGAGGAUGAAGACGAAGCUUUCUAUCUCUGGGAAUACUGAUCAGUGUUUGGCCAUGUUGUUGGUUAUUUUACCUAUUCCUCUUGUCUGCUAAAUAACCAGCAUGGUUCUCAGGAAAUAUAGCCAGUUUUCCCCUGUAGAAAAUUUGUAGGAAAAUCCAACUUCUAGCACUGAAAGUACUUAUAGCUCUGUAAGUUUUUCUCUGCCAAAUAACUGCUUUAAGCUGGAGAUGUUCUACAUACUGCUUUCAAAAAAUAUGCUGUCUUUUUAAUAAUGGGUGGAUAUGGUUUGCUGAAUCACUAUAUUGUCCUAUUUUCCUUCCCUCUACCUAUUGAGUGGCUCAAUGUUCUCCUGCUCUGUGACCGUCAAUGUAACUGUCAGACUUCAAAAGAAAAAGCAGAAAUCUGUAACUAUGCAUACUGUAGCCCUUGACACGGCCUACAGAAUUGCUUUUUCUUUUGUCCGAAGAAUUUUUGUAUAUUCUCAGUAAUAGCAAAUACUUUGUUUCCAAUCUUUCUCAUUGCCAGAGAUGGUGUUAAAGUUUUUUUUUCUUUUUUUUCCUUUUUUCUUUUUUUUUGUUGGGGGGGGGAGGGGGGGAUUUUUAACAGUGCAAAAGUCGUCCACAUUUCAUUGCCUUGAUUCAAAUUGUGUCCGAAGAUGCAACAAGUCAAGUGGCUUUUAACUGUUUACAAAUAGAAUAUGAUUGUAACGUGUACAGUUUGGUUGUGUUAAUCUGAAGUUCCUUACAAUAUUAAUAAAUCAACAUUUUUGGCUGCUCACAUAAUACCUGUAUUCUUUUCCUCUCCAGAGCUGGUUUUGUCAUUGAAAAUGGCUUGCCUCUGUAACAGAAGCCAUGGAAGGCUAAAGCAGAGGUGAAUGUAAACUAUUGCUGGUAGUUGAAUACAAGAAAAGAUGUACAUAGAUUUACGGACGAUAUACAUUACUGAUUGUUUAGUCGAAGAUGCACAGUAUAUGAAAAGCUUCAAAGAGGAGAGGAAGAGAUUGAGUUUGAGAAAGAGAGAUGUCAGCAUUAGGCUAAGCCAUGGACCUUAAUAUUUGUUUAAGCUGUUUUGGUUUAUUUUUUCUUCUCCAUUCUAGUUUUAUUUGAAUAGUAGAACUUGCUCACUGUGUUUAAAUUAUCUGUAUUUAAUGACUCAAAAAGCGUAGUACAAAAACCCUUCGAGUAUUACCCUGACUUGACGGUGGUGUGCCAGUAUUGAACCAUAUUAAGUAACUGCUUUACCAAAUAUACUUCAAUCAGAAGAUUUGUUUACUUAAUUCCAGAUCUUGCUUCUCAUUUUGUUUAACAAAUAUUAAGAGAAACAUUGGAACCAGGUUUUAUCAUGUUGUUUUUUUAGAGGGGAGUACAAGAGUAAACAUAAUGACACAUUGAAAUGAAAAGCCUUGGAUUUGCACUUGGUGUACAUAUUAAGAAAAAGAAAAAAGAAAAAGAAAAAGAAACUGAUUAGGUUGUACUGUAUUUGUUUUUCCUGGAGGAGAGUAUAGCUUUCUGUGGCUUGCCUGGCUUGAUUGGAGAAGAGUGCGGUGUGUCUGUCUUUUGGAUUGUUAAAUGCACAAUGGCUUAUCUCUAAGGGUGCGAGGCAGUUUUACUUUCUGUUGGUUCUCCAAACUUGGCCUGCUCUCUUCCUUGCUCUGAAGGAAACCGCUGUGUAUUUGAGCUGGUGUUCGUAAAAAGCGGAGCCUGUAUUGGGCGCUCACGCAGGUCUCUGGCACUAGAUUGCUGUGAUUUAUUUUUAUUUUUUUUAUAUUAUUAUUGUUCAUUUAUUCUUAUUUUAUUAUGACUGUGCAUGGGAGGUCAGCUGCUCCAGGCCUUGUGCUCGGGAGUGACCUUCCUCUGUGUCCAGGGUAGUGGUGUUGAAGUACUGAGGGUUGGCGCUGUGCAUGGCUUUAACUAAUGGUUCUGAAUAGGAUCUUUCUAACUGUUGGGAGAGAUGGCUUUUUGUAUUAUUGUCUCCCUAAACUUUGUGGCUUUUGUUUAAUGGAGUGAAUUAAUAGCAUAGGGAAAAGCCAUUUGGCACCCAAUUAAUUUCCACUUUUCUUUUCUUUUUCUUUUUUUUUUUAAACUUUUUUUUUUAGUUUUUGUCUUCUGUCUCUGUCAUCUUAAAGAAAUGUCUUCAUGUAUGUACAGCUGUUUGGUGUUGGACAAAGUUGUCCCUCCGAGACAUGAAAAUUUCACUGUCAUGCCAAAAUUUCAGAGGGGGAGAGGGAGGAAAGGGAUUUGUUGUUUUGUAAAAGCUGGACAAUGUAUACGCUUAAAAUGCCACUUGCAAAUGGAUGUUUUGAGGAAAUUCAUGAGCAAUGUACAAUCCCCAUUUUGUAUGGCCAGGUGAAAGUAGAGGAAAACAUGGCUUGGCCUGACAUUCUACUUUUGUAUGAGAAAAUGUCAUUCUUUUCUGAAACUAUCCUGUGAGCAAAAUAUACCCAUGUCUUUUAAAUGGUUCCUACUGUUGAACAAUGUGCUACGGCAAUUGACUUAAACUGUGAGUAUUUCUGUCUUGUCAUAAAAAAAAAAACCUUAAAGCUUUAGUAAUACCAGCACAAAGAAAUGGAUGGAUGAAUGAAUGAGAGGUUGAAUCUUAACUUCCACUUUGGAGAAUACUAAGAAAGUCUAUGCAGUGAGAAAUGAGGCUUCAAUGUCUUUUUUUUGUUUGUUUUUGUUUGUUUUCCUCUCAGUAUAAUCUUACACAGUAGUGACAGGAUAACAAAAAAAAACACAUCCUGAAACAUGUGCCAUGAUUGAAAUUUCUUGUUUUUCCUUUUCAAAUAAUUGGCCAGUUGUAGCAGAUGGAGCAUUACACUGGGAAACUUCCCUUUUUCUCACUUGUUCCUCGAUCACAAAAUAUGGGGAACUGAGAAAAGGUGGAGUUUUCAAUGCAACCUCUUAUAUUGACAUAUUUCAGACACCAUUCUUUGCUCCCUCAUAAACCUAUAUGCACACUGCUUUUGGUUGACUGUUUAAGGGAUGUGUAGAAAUCAACAUCAAUAAACUUACCAACUUCAAUGAGCAGGAAGUACUCUUCACUGUCUUCCUGGGGUCAUCGUAGAAUUUUCACUUGGGGAACUGCACUUUUUGAAGGACAAUCCUUAUUUGUAUUGGUUCAAAUUUGACAGGAAUUAGUCUAAUAACACAAGGUAGAAAACUCGUGUUUAGUGAUGAAUGUUUCCUCUGAUGCUGUUGUGUUUUAUUUUACUCUUUGUUGCUUGGUUUUCAAUUUUAGUGCUCUUAAGUGAAUAUAUACUAAGGUUGUAGAGUAGAUAUUAGGUCUUAUGUUGGCUGUACUCGUAGACUGAUAACUGUUUGUAAAAUUCUGGCCCUGAUGUCAGAAUACAAAGCUGUAUAACUUGGGUACAACCCUCAAUAAAAAAGCCUAACAUUCAA